GAUCAGAGCCCGGUGAUGACGCCAGCCCCUGCGCCCGCUUCCCCGGCAGAGUUCAAGGAGGCUUUCCAGCUCUUCGACCGCACCGGGGAUGGCAAGAUCCUGUACAGCCAGUGCGGGGACGUGAUGCGGGCGCUGGGCCAGAACCCCACCAACGCCGAGGUCAUGAAGGUGCUGGGCAACCCCAAGAGUGACGAGAUGAACCUGAAGAUGCUGAGCUUCGAGCAGUUCCUGCCCAUGAUGCAGACGGUCGCCAAGAACAAGGACCAGGGCUGCUUUGAGGACUACGUGGAGGGGUUGCGCGUCUUCGACAAGGAGGGCAACGGCACUGUCAUGGGUGCUGAGAUUCGCCACGUCCUCGUCACCCUGGGCGAGAAGAUGACGGAGGAGGAGGUGGAGCAGCUGGUGGCCGGGCACGAGGACAGCAACGGCUGUAUCAACUACGAAGCCUUUGUGCGACACAUCCUGUCAGGGUGACGCCGCUGGAGCUGGUGCGGAUGGUGCUGAGCGGCUGAAGACCACCCCAUCCCUCCCCACGCUGCCCCCCCACCAGCCCUAUGUCCCCCCUCGGGCCUGGCUCUGCCAGGUGCUUUCCAUCCGUGGGGACAGCGGGACCUGAGCCCCCCAGGUGGGGGAGAACCCACUGUGUGUCACCAAGGGGGGGGCGUCUUUUCUCCCCACCCCCCACUGCUGCAGCAGCACUAAUGGCUCCUCGCUAAUAAAUGGUUUGAAGCGGCA